AUGAUCUCGAAGCAGAUUUCUUCUCCUGUUGUAGUGGUUGUUGUAGGGAGGGCAACCGAGAGAAACCGUUCAAACAGCUUGUCGGUCAGGGUGGAAGUAUGGUCUUUCGACGAGGAGAACAUAUCGUCAAAGAUUGAAUUGGAUGCCUUGCCCUUGGGAGGCGAUUUCUGGGACUCUGUCAAAGACGACCAUAGGGUGCUACUUGCAACAAGCUUGCGGUCCUCGGGGCUGACUUUAGAUCCCUCCGACGCUGUGUCGUCCGCAUUGGUGCUCGUGGUCGCCUGUGACAGCGUGUCCCACGAGGACCAUAAGUUAUUCACGACAGACUCCAUGAAAACAGUGUCUGGUCUGUUUACUUGCUAG